AUUUGUCCAACCGAACGUCGGCAUGGCCUCGAAGCUCCCCGACACGACCAAGAGCCUCGGUGCUGGCGCCAUGGACGUCGAGGACGGCAGCGGCGGCGGCGGCAAGAAGGUGGCUGGUAAGUGGCCAGGUUUCGUCCACUUCUUCUUCGUCCUCACCGUCGUCAUGUGCGCGCUCGUCUAUGCCCCGCGUUUCCUGUCGCCCGCCGUGUCCGUCGACUUCUUGGGGCUGCGCCAGCCGGCAUUGGGUAGAGCAGCGGAAGGACAAGGACAGGGCGUGCACGGCGGCCGCGUCAAUGAGGGCGAGGCGCUGGUCCUCGACAACCAGGUGGGCUCCCCGUGCGCGUCCAUGGGAGGCCAUGGCAUCUGCUGCGACCGCUCGGACUACAACACCGACGUGUGCUUCAUGGCCGGCGACGUGCGCACGGACGCCGCGUCCCUCUCGUUGCUGCUCUACCCGCCGCCCAACGGCACCGCCAACGCCAACGCCAACGCUACCGUGGCGGAGAAGGAGGAGGUGGUGCGGCCCUACACGCGCAAGUGGGAGAAGGGCGUGAUGGCGAACAUCCAGGAGGUGCGGCUCCGCGCGGCCCGGCCGGACGAGGCCGACGGGCACCGGUGCGACGUGCGGCACGACGCGCCGGCGCUGGUGAUGACGGCGGGCGGGUACACGGGGAACCUGUUCCACACGUUCAACGACGGGUUCCUGCCGGCGUGGCUGACGGUGCAGCACCUCCGCCGGCGCGUGGUCCUUGCCGUGCUCGUGUACAACCCGUGGUGGGCCGGCACGUUCCCGGAGCUCGUGUCCGGGCUCUCGCGCCACCACGUGAUCGACCUCCUGCACGACAAGCGCACGCACUGCUUCCCGGGCGCCAUCGUGGGGAGCCGCUUCCACGGCAUUCUCGCCGUCGACCCGGCUCGGACCCGGGACAACCGGACCCUGGUCGACUUCCACGACUUCCUCGCCGGCGCGUACAAGGACGAUGGCGCGACGGAACCGCACACCACGUCGCCGGCGCCCCAGCAGCGGCGGCGGCGCCCGAGGCUGGGCCUGUACUCGCGCAAGGGCACGCGGGUGAUCGAGAACGAGGCGGCGGUGGCGCGGCUGGCGGUAUCGGUGGGGUUCGACGUGUCGAUCCUGGAGACGGCGAACGGGGCGCCGCUGUCGUCGGAGUACGCGGCGGUGAGCGCGUGCGACGUGCUGGCGGGCGUGCACGGCGCGGACCUGACGAAGCUGCUCUUCCUCCGGCCGGGCCGCGCCGCGCUGCUGCAGGUGGCGCCGCUGGGUGUGCCGGCCGUGGCGCGCGGGUGCUACGAGAAGGCGACGACGAUGAUGGGGAUGCAGUACGAGCAGUACGACGCGGCGGCGAACGAGAGCUCGCUGGUCCGGAAGUACGCGGCGGACGACGUGGUGCUGCGCGACCCGGAGGCGGCGAAGCAGGGGGGCGGGUGGGACCUCAUCGCGCGCGUGUACCUCAGCGGCCAGAACGUGAGCCUCGAUCUGGACCGGUUCGGCGACACCCUGAGGAGGCUGCACGCCCGCGCCCUGCGGCUGCCGGUGGCAGGUCCGUAGGUCGCCGACUAGCCGCCGAUCGGUCGGCGACGAGCUGCUGCAAGCUAAUCGAGAGUUGCGUACGUGACAGGGCGCUGGAUCGUAACCAUUUGGUUUUUGAGGGGUACAACCAUUUUGUUUUUUUAGGUUCCUGUUCGACAGCACAGAUCAUUUUUCACUUUCAGAAAAGACCAUUCAAUUCA